GAGUCGCGGCAGAGGCCUUGGCGAGGGGUGGGGUCAGGUCUCGCCGUAGGGGAGCGUCUAAGACAGGCUGGGGCGGAACCCCGUCGCUCGGAGACUGACUCGGGAGCUGGGGCAUUUGGUACUGCGUGACUUUCUGGGAAGCUUCGUGAGAUGAUUCGCAAAACUGUCCACUGAAAGCCAGAAUGGAAGAGACAUUUAUCUGUCAGCUCCUGUCUCCCUUUGAUCAAAGGUUAAUGCCCCUGGCCAUUAACUACUCCACACUUCCCAAAUGCACAAUUGUGAAUGCCAAGCUGACUUCCACAUCAGAGGAGUCCUGAGGAAGAAGAGAGGUGCAGUCAUGUCAUACUUGCCCAAAGUUCAUCAAACUUUCUUCAGAAAAGUUUGCUGCAGCAGUGAUUGGAAUAAGUGGCUGAAAGGAUUUGAGGUGGUGACAGAAGAUACACAGAUGCUGUCCAUUUCAGUCCACUCUUUGUACCACUCACAUCUGCUUGGCCUUUUGUUACGUCUGGUCUUUUACAGAGUCCCCUUCAAGGUGAUGGCCACCUACUAUCUCUGCGAAGACAAUAUAAGAGAGUUGGUGGAAUAAGCUUCAGUCCCUGCUGCUACACUGAUGCCAAGACUGUGCUUGUUUUCAUUAACUCCCUCCUCUACUAUCCAUCCUAACCUCCCUUCACCCUGGACCAGCACAUCAGCUGAUCUAGGUUGUUUCCUCAGCGAGGUAACUGGAACCUUCAGCCUUUGUUUACCUUGCUCUGGUUGGGCCAUGAUUGUGUAAUUGCCUAUUCAACUUAUCCCGGGGUACAGAAACACCAAGGAAAUAGAGUAUUCUGUGGAAACGUGGUAGCCCUCCUCAAAGCUUGACGAGGAAGAUGAUGCACCUGUGUCCCACAUUUAUAGCUUCUACCUUUGAGCAAAGAAUUUGGAAAGCUGAAAACAUUGUUGUUCAUUCAGCCUAAGCAAAGAAGCCAAGAAAAUCUCAGAGAGGGUCAUUGUCAGAUAAUUGCUCAGAUGAACUCUAAGGAAAUACCUGUAUGUUCCUGUGUAAUGAAGACCAGUUCUUGCACCCUGAAAGAAGUCCACACCAUUCCUCCAUCAAGAGGAACUCUUGAUGUAACUGGAAGAAUUUUAGAAAUCAGCCAUCCACAGUUUCUUCCAAGACUUCAUUCUCAGCUGCUAGGGAGAAAACACUCAACACAAAAGAACCUCAGCUCCAGGUUGUAAACAGAAAGCACAGUCCAGUUGCCAAUUUGCAAGAGAUAAAUAGGUGAGAGGAAUCAGCAUGGUACCAAGAAUCAAACUUUCAGUCUUGAACAGACGUUCCUUUCAAAAGGAGGUCAAACAAGAUCAGUCUUCCAUCUUUCUGGAGAAGGAAAUUAAAACUGUAUCAGCUGGUGCCCUGGAGGAGGCUGCUUCGUGGAUGUUUCCGCUUAAGAAGGAAAGUAUGGAGAGGGAUAGCAGAAGUCAGGUCACUCUGGAAAUCAGAAUGCAACAGCUAGGGAGUGACAGCAGGAGAAAUGCAUACGAAAGGGAAUUACCUUAGGACUGGAAUUCCACAGGACAGCCAGAAACCUUCUAGAACUGUUAGAAAUGUGGUGUGGUCAAGCCUCAGCAGCCCUUUCUUCUUAACCGUCUUUAACAGACAACUGCUUUUCCCCAAAAGGUCUCAGACCAGGUAGGAAUUUGGGGAACACCACCACCAUGAACCUGUGUUGCUCUAACAUGCCCCGGGCGUUGGGCCAGGAGCUGAGGAUGAGCAAGGGAACAGAACAGAGGUGCUUGCACCGAGGUGGUGACUGGAGCGCUAGGACAGGAGGGAGGGGCAGAGAAGGCUUCCCGGGGAAGGUGCAUAAGGGGUGUCCCAGGCAGAGCAUCGCCACCGUCCAGCGUAAAAACCGGCAUCCCAGCCUCUUCGGGCCGCCUGGCUUGCCAUUUCCCUCCAGCUCCCAUUCAUUGCUUCCAAAGAAGGGAAGAGACUCGCCUCGUUUUAAUUCCAUUCUCCUCUAUCCCAGAGACCCUAGGGCGGGGGCGACGAAAAUGAGUGGUACUCUGAGUCAGAAACUUGUGAAGGGGACGCGGGAGCCGGCAGCGGGUUGGGAGUGACGCGAGGGAGGCCGGGGGCGGGGAGGUGACGCGCGCGGGGACCUCGCCGCCUCAGCCCACGUGUCCGCGAGAUUUAAAAGUUGGCAGAGCGCGGGUGGGUCAGUCUGGCGGCCGAACUGGGCGAACAGCGCGCCAGGGACGCAGAGGCUCAGCCAGAGCAUCGCUUGGAGCGCGGGCCGGUGCCGUGCAGGGUCCCGGGAUGCUGCGAGCCGCGAGCCGCCGCCCCGGGCCGCCCCCCGGUCAGGUGGCCGCUGCGUCCCCGCUCCUCCUGCUACUACUGCUGUCUUGUUGCGCGGACACCUGCGGAGGAACUGGAGAUGUAGGGAGGUGGGAACACCCGUGCUUGAAAAGCAAGAUAGAUGAUGCUUGUUCGUCUUUCCUGUCCAUGGAUCCUCUGCCUCAGGCAUCCAAUGCAUUGGAGGAGCUUUGCUUCAUAAUUAUGGGGACUCUACCAAAGCCCCAGGAAACAGAUGAAAAAGAUAAUACCAAAAGGUUCUUAUUUCAUUAUUCGAAGACACAAAAGUUGGCCAAUUCAAAUGCUGUGUCAUCUAUCCUGCAUCCGCUGCUGCAGCUCGUUCCACAACUGCAUGAGAGAAGAAUGAAGAGGUUCAAAGUGGACGAAGAAUUCCAUGGUCCUAUUAUAGACCAAAGUAGAGGAUUCUUUUUAUUCAGGCCACGCAAUGGAAGAAGGUCAGAAGGUUACAUUUAAAAUGAGUCCCUGAAUUUCACUUCUUGUCAACCCACGUGAAGAACAUGAGAAAGAAGGAGCAGAAGAGAACAAAAAGUAUCUUCUUUAAAAAAUGAAUUGCCUAGAUGAGAUGCAGACUUGAGACAGAGAAUGUUGCCAGAGCUGCUCCAGGUCUUUGCUCAAAACCUGCCAACCCCCACUUUUAGCAAGAGUUAACAUAAAUCUUUAAAGGGUCCAGAAAUAAAAAAGGAAGCUACAAACAAACAAACAAAAACCAGACGGAUCCAGCUAGGACCAAGAUGGUGACAGAUCUGACCUCCAACAGACCCUGAAUCUCUUAUAUGCUGAUUUUACUACAUUUGCAUAUUAAAUGACACACCUGCUGGUGGCCAAGACUGGAUAUUAAGGACCAAAAAAGGAUAAAAAAGGGUGGCACUCCAUUCCCUUGGAAAAAACUCUGCCUCUUCCCCAGGAGACUAAUGCAUAUGCCUCCCCAUCAUUAACCUCACUUCUCCUCCCUUUGUCUUUACUCUUUAAAAUUAAAGCCCUCUGGACACGUGGGCAAGAAGUAGAUCUGUGGACUUAGUUCCUGCUUCUCCAUUC